AUGAAUACCCCUCCAAGUUUCUUCAAUGACGCGGUUGAUCUUGCGACACCGACUAACGAGAUUUUCGACAGCGAUCAGCCCCGGACUUUGCUCCCAGAACCUAUUCCGCUCGAGUCACAGGUAGACACCCCUCCGGCAACAAUGUCGCAGAACCCUUCGGUCUACAUGCCCAUGCCAGAUGUCUGGGAUCCGUUGGUUCCCAACAUGCAGUCAGUUUACGGACAUGCUUGCCAGGCGCACUACACCACCAAGCGAGAGCCUUUCGACGAUAGGCCGUCACUGUUGCAGGUGCCCUCUGCAUCAACCUCCAAGUCUAGCUCGAGAACCGACUCUACGAACUCAAUGCAGACAAGAACAUCCAAGUCCAGCAGGACAACGGACCCGUCCGAAGCCAGUCCGCCGAGAAAGAAGGGAAGAAAGGGCAAGGCCCCCGUGCAAGAUGACAACGACGAUAAGCGCAACAAAUUUUUGGAGCGAAACCGAGUAGCAGCAAGCAAAUGUCGGCAGAAGAAGAAAGAAUGGGUAUCCGACUUGCAGGAAACUAAACAGGGGCUGGAGAGCCAGCAUGCGCAGCUUCAGAUGGAGUACAACGGACUGGUGGAUGAAGUGACCCGCAUGAAGAAUGAACUAAUGUCCCAUGCUAAUUGCAACGACCCCAAUAUCAACUUGUGGCUUGAGAACGAGGCUCGGCGGUUCGUCCAGAGCAGUGCGGAUCGCGUCAAAAAGCAAAGUUUCGACUCCAGCCGGGGGGCUGGUGAAAGGCCACUCGGCAAUGGGGGGGCGUACAGGCCGUUAAUUGAUAGCCAAAUGUCUGUAAUCUCUCCAACUCGAUCUGAGCGUGCGAUGACAAGCCUGUCGUCGAUAUCAGCAAGCAGUAGCGCAGACAUCAACUACGACCACAUGCCGGACAGUGCUUUCGAGCAGGCGUAG